ACUAGCAAUUCAAAUGGCGACUCCCCAGAGAGUUUCUAGCUUCGAGCCAUCGGUGUGGGAUGAUUUCUUCGUCCAAUACGAGCCAGAGCCAUUCCAGAUAUCUGAAGAAUGCAUGAAGGUGAAAGCUGACAAGCUGAAGGAUGACGUUUGCAUGUUGUUCAAGACAUUCAAUAAUGGUACUGUCGUAGACAAAAUGAUCUUAUUGGAUGCGCUCCAACGUCUCGGCAUAGAUCAUCUUUUUCAAGAACAGAUCAACACGGCAAUAAAAGGCAUCUACGAGAGUGAAUCCAAUUGCUGUAGCCUCUAUGAGGCUGCACUUCGCUUUCGCUUGCUUAGAGAGCAUGGACAUUGGGUCUCUCCGGAUGUAUUCAAUAAAUUCAAGGGGGAAGAUGGGAGCUUCAACAAGAAUGUAACUAAAGAACCAAUGGGACUGUUAUGUUUAUACAACGCAGCGUACCUUUCAAUCCAUGGUGAAUCAGAACUUGAUGAAGCCAUCUCUUUUGCAAGGCAUCAUCUUGAAUCCAUGGGAAACAGUCUUAACUACCCUUUAUCUGAGCAAGUCAAAAGAAAUCUUGAGAUACCAUUACCAAGGAUUUCAAAGAGAUUGGACGUGCCCUAUUAUAUUGCAGAGUACAAACAUGAACAAGAAUGCAACCCUUUGGUGCUAGAGCUUGCAAAGCUCGAAUUUAAUCUCCUGCAGCGUCUUCACCAGUCAGAGCUCAAGGCUUAUUGUCGAUGGGCAAACGAUCUAUAUGAAGACGUGGGACUCAGCUACUCUCGGCAUCGUAUGGUUGAAUGUUACUUCUGGUCCUACAAUGUGUACUAUGAACAACACUAUGGAGGUGCAAGAAUAAUCCUUGCCAAGUUAAUUGAGCUAGUAUGCCUGUUAGAUGACACUUUUGAUAUACAUGCAACCUUAGAGGAGGGCCGAAAGCUCAACGAAGCCAUACAAAGGUGGGAUGAGAGUGCUAUUCCUAUUUUACCAGAAUACUUGAAGAAGUACUAUAUCAGGUUGAUGGAUACCUACAGAGAGUUGGAGGAUGAACUGAAACAAGAUCACAAGUACCGCAUUGUUUAUUGUAGGAAAGCAUUCCAUACUCUAUGCAGAUAUUACCAACAGGAAGCUGAAUGGUUUCAUAAUAGUUACACACCAAGCUUUGAAGAUCAUGUCAAGUGCUCAGUCAUCUCCGCAGCGACUCCGUUUCUAUGCAUCGGUCUGCUUGUUGGUAUGGGUGAGGAAGCAACCAAGGAAGCAUUCGAGUGGGCCCUUGGCUGUACCGAUGCCGUAAAGUCUUGUGGUGAGGUGACACGUUUUAUGGAUGACAUGGCUGCAUUUAAGCAAGGGAAGGUCAAAAUGGAUGUGGCCAGCACCAUUGAUAGCUAUAUAAACCAGCAUCAUGUUACAAGUGAGGUAGCUAUCGCCGUGAUGGAUAAUAUGGUGGAAGAUGCAUGGAGAACUAUCAAUCAGACAAGAUUUGACCGACGUGCGCUGCUCCCACUUGUUAACAGAGUCGCCGGACUCACCAAGAACAUGACCUGGCUGUUCCAUGAUAAAAUUGACCGCUACACGUUCAGCCGUGGCAACAAAGACAAGAUAGAGCAGCAGUUCAUCGAGCCUAUACCCCUCUAGCUUGUAAACAU